GCUCGAGGCGCCCGGACUCCGGGCAGGCGCCCAGCCCAAGGUGAGUGGGAGCCGGAGCAAGCAGCGUGGAUGCAGGGGGACAGGGAAGGAGAGACCCGGGGUGUCCCCGUCCUCCUCGCCUCCCGCCUCGGCCCCUCAGUUCCGCGAGUCCCGGGAGACUGGUUUUUGUGUUUCGGUUCGUUCUUUGGCCGGCAGGUAUCGGGGUUCCAGACUCUUAGCGGACUGGAUUUUUUUCCCUCUGGCGGAGUCGGAGGUUCGCUCCUGCCUGCCGCGUCUCCCUGUGGCCGUGCCGGGCAGCGGGGGCGCAGCGCGCAGCGGAGCUGGGGUACCACUUGGGCUGGGAACCGGGGCGGGAAUACAGUCAGCAGAAAGUCGGCGGGUCGAGGGAGCGUACGGGCCGGGGUAACCUUGGUGACUUGCCUCGGCAUUUGGUUGGAGUGGAGAAGAGCUGGGGGCAUCUCCCGAGGGACGGGGGUGCCCGGGAUGAGAGAGACUGAAGCGACAGGCCAAACAUAAUUGGCAGCCUGUGACACCCAUGCGCCACUGAUCAGGAGGCAUUACCUGCUGCAGCGCUUCAUGACCCAGCGACGUCCGGCCCAGUGAAGCCACCGUAGUGUCCGGCAUGGCCGCGCUCCUCCUGGGCGCGGUGCUGCUGGUGGCGCAGCUGCAGCUAGUGCCUUCCCGCCCCGCCGCUGCCGGGGCCGAGCCGGGCCCGCAGGAACUCGUGCGGAAAGCGGCCACCCUCCAGGACCAGGGCCCCGACGGCGCGGCCCCCAACGGCUCGGCCCAGCAGCUGCCGCAGACCAUCAUCAUCGGCGUGCGCAAGGGCGGCACGCGCGCGCUGCUGGAGAUGCUCAGCCUGCACCCCGACGUGGCAGCCGCGGAGAACGAGGUGCACUUCUUCGACUGGGAGGAGCAUUACAGCCAGGGCCUGGGCUGGUACCUCAGCCAGAUGCCCCUCUCCGUCCCGCACCAGCUCACCGUGGAAAAGACUCCCGCGUACUUCACGUCGCCCAAAGUGCCUGAGCGGGUCCACAGCAUGAACCCGGCCAUCCGGCUGCUGCUCAUCCUGCGGGACCCGUCGGAGCGCGUGCUGUCCGACUACACGCAAGUGCUCUACAACCACAUGCAGAAGCGCAAGCCCUACCCGUCCAUCGAGGAGUUCCUGGUGCGCGACGGCCGGCUCAACGUGGACUACAAGGCGCUCAACCGCAGCCUCUACCACGUGCACAUGCGCACCUGGCUGCGCUACUUCCCACGGCGCCACAUCCACAUCGUGGACGGCGACCGCCUCAUCAGGGACCCUUUCCCCGAGAUCCAGAAGGUCGAGCGGUUCCUGAGGCUGUCGCCGCAGAUCAACGCCUCGAACUUCUACUUUAACAAAACCAAGGGCUUUUACUGCCUGCGGGACAGCGGCCGGGACCGCUGCUUACACGAGUCCAAAGGCCGCGCGCACCCCCAAGUGGACCCCAAACUCCUCCACAAACUGCACGAAUAUUUUCACGAGCCAAAUAAGAAAUUCUUUGAGCUUGUCGGCAGAACAUUCGACUGGCACUGAUGGGCACUAAGCUAGGCUUGGGACCUUUCCUGUUGUAAGUUUCUGGUGUACAUCUAGGGGGAUAAAAAGGAGAAUUUUAAAAGGGCAUUUAAGCUAUAAUUUAUUUGUAAAAUCCAUAAAUUACUUCUGUACAGUAUUAGAGUCACAAUUGCCAUAUAUACUAGUUAUAUUUUUCUACUUGUUAAAUUGAGGGCAUUUUGUAUUGGUUUUCAUGGUUGUUAACAUUGUGUAAUAUGUCUCUAUAUGAAGGAACUAAAACGUUUCACUGCAAAACAAACAAACAAAAAAAUCCUGGAGACGCUAUCUUUUUGAAUAUACUUAACUUGCCCCCAACUCAAAAUAGCUGUUUGUGUUGCUCUCAUUGGAGAAUCUAUAUUCCUUUGUUACUUAAAAAAGGAAAAAAAAAAGUUUUCAUGGCUAUUAUGUUUGUUUUUACCCCUCUCCUUUCUUCAUUGUUCUUUUUAAUUUUUAAUGUGUUGCUGUGGUCAUCAGAUUUAUUUUUCACUUGCAUGGUAAGAUUUAUCUUCACUGAGAUCCCCUGUUAUUCUUGAAGGAGGCAGUUGCACCCACUCCUGACUUCAGGUACCUGAGUGUGGAUUUUAACCCCAUGUAAACUCACAAUGGACAAAGCAAGAUGCCUGCCACGCAUCUUUGCCUCAGAGCGCUUGCAUAUAUUUCUGACCUCUGCAAUGGGCAAAACCUACAAUAAAGGCAGAUGAAUCCUGCAAUAAAGGGGAUUAAAGCAUUGGCCUUAAGAAUGACCUUGGGACUGUGUACUUUGCCCCAGGUGGCAAUGGGUCUCUGCAAAGCCACUUAGGAUAGAAAAGAGGAAUUGAGAAUGUAUGUGUCCCCAUCUUGUAGAAUCUGUGAGCAGCUGAGCAAAGGAGUAGCCUUUUGCUUAGGUGAGUGUCUAUCCAUUUCCUGAAAGCUAUAAAUUAUAUGCAUUUAUAUACA